GGUACCAACAUGUCACUCUGGAGGAUCCCUAAUGGAGGGGGCUAUUGCUAUUCCCCAUGUCACUUUCUCUUGGGGGAUCCCUGCUGGGGGGUGGGAGGGUACCAGCAUGUCACUUACUCUGGAGGAUCCCUAAUGGAGGGGGCUAUUGCUAUUCCCUAUGUCACCUUCUCUUGCGGGAUCCCUGCUUCAGGGCGUACCCCCAUGUCACUGUCUCCGAGAGAAUCUCCACUACAGGGGGCACCCCCAAGUCACUGUCUCUGGGGGAUCCCCGCUGCAGGGGCCUGCCCCCCACGUCCGUUUCUCUUGGAGAUUCUGCGCCCCCCGGAGCCGGCCCCCGGGCUGCGGCUCUGACACCAGUUCCUGUUGGGCGGAGCUGGCCGCUCUGCUCCCGGCUGGCGAGUCCCCCAGUCCCUCGCACUCGCAGGGAGCAGCCCGCCGGAGCAGCAUGGAGAGCGGCUCGGCCGGCGGCAGCCUGCCCAGCCCGCAGGACUCCCCCUUCGGCUGCCCCAUCUGCCUGGACACCCUAAAGGACCCGGUCACCAUCCCCUGCGGCCACAACUUCUGCCUGGGCUGCCUGGGGGCGCACAGACACCGCCCGGGGGCCGGGGCGGGCGGCGGGCAGGGCGCCCCCCGCUGCCCGCUGUGCCAGGAGCCCUUCCCGGCCGACCUGCAGCUGCGCAAGAACCACACACUGUGCGAGCUGCUCCAGCUCCGCCAGCCGCCGCCCGGCGCCCGCAGCCCCAUGGCCCCGCCGGCGCCCCCGGGGGAGCCCGGCGACGCCCCCCGGCGGCAGGAGGAGGGGGUGCUGUGCGAUGUCUGCCCCGAGGGCGAGCGGGCCCCGGCGGCCCAGUCCUGCCUGGUGUGCCUGGCCUCCUUCUGCCCGCCCCACCUGCAGCCCCACCUGCGGAGCCCGGCCUUCCAGGGCCACCGCCUGGUGCCCCCGCUGCGCCGCAUCGAGGACAGCCUGUGCAAGCUGCACCUCCGGCCGCUGGAGAGCUUCUGCCGCACCGACCAGGCCUGCAUCUGCCAGCUGUGCCAGGGCCAGCAGCAUCGGAGCCACGAGGUGGUGGCGGUGGAGGUGGAGCGGGAGCACAAGGAGGCCCAGCGACCCAAAAUCCUGAGCUGUGUGGAGAACCAGCUGGACGAACUGGGAGUCACCAUCGCACAGACCAGAAAGACCGUGGAGCUCAUCAAAAGCGCCGCCCUGAAGGAGAAGGAAGAAGUCAGCAGGCUCUUCGAUGAAGCAUCCAGAGCUCUGGUGACCUUCCGGAAAGAGGUGACUGGCUUCAUCGAGGAUGGCGAGCGAUCCAUGCUGCUUGAGGCUGAAGAGGAUCUCCGGCAGAAGGAGGAGAGGCGUGCCAAGCUGGCUCAGUGCAGGCAGAACCUGGAGAGGGUUCCGAGCACGGAUACCAUUUAUUUCCUACAGGAGUUCCAGGCGUUAAAAAUAGCAGCUGAGGAAAAGAGUUCCCUGUGUCCAAGCUUCCAGAAGGAACUGAGCUUCACCAAGUCCAGCCAGGCUGUGUGUGUCGUGAAGGAGCUGCUGGUGACUGCAUGCAAGAACCAGUGGGACCAAUUGCUGGGGAAGGGGUAUGAAGAGUCUUGUUUCCAUGGGAUGCAAGAAGCAGUCGCUGAGCCCCAGCCUUCGGACAAAUCAAACAAUCCAGCCUGCUUGGAGACAAGAGACUAUUUCCUGAAAUUUGCCUUCAUCAUCGAUUUGGACAGCGAUACUGCGGACAAGUUCCUCCAGCUGUUUGGAACCAAAGGGGCCAAACGAGUGUUGAAUCCUAUUGGCUACCCCGAGAGCCCAACCAGGUUCAUCAACUGUGAGCAGGUGCUGGGCGAGAACCUGAUGAACCGAGGCAACUACUACUGGGAGGUGGAAAUCAUCGACGGCUGGGUGAGCAUUGGUGUCAUCGCCGAGGACUUCAACCCACGGGAGUCCUACGACAGAGGCCGCCUGGGGAGGAACGAGAAAUCCUGCUGCCUGCAGUGGAAUGGACAGAACUACGUGGCCUGGUUUGGUGGCUUCGAAUCUGUUAUCCAGCAGCCCUUCUUUCACACGAUCGGGGUGUACCUGGAGUAUUCGGAAAAGGCGCUGACCUUCUACGGGGUCAGGGAUGCCAAGAUGACGUGUCUCCAACAGCUCAAGGUUGCCCGCUUCAGAAAAGGCCACUUUGACCCCUUCCAGAAUAAGAUCAACCACCAGUUCCCAUCACUGUUUGCUUAUAACCUCAAACCAGCUUUUUUCCUUGAAAGCGUAGAUGCCCAUAUGCAGAUUGGGCCGUUGAAGAAAGAUUGUGUUUCAGUGUUAAAGCGGAGGUAACUUGCAGAGAAGACCCAGGAGUCUCUCUUGUAAUUGUUUACCAGCACUGUGGCUUAUAUAGUCUUCUCUCUGGAACAGCCCUGCCAACCCUCUCUAGCCCUGUGCUGUUUGUAAUCCAGGGGUUAACAAAUAGAAGUCGCCUCUUAAUGGAUAGAGCCCUGGACUGGGACUCAGGAGACCUGGGUUCUGUUUCUGGCUUUGCCAUUGAGUGACUGUGGGUGAGUCACGUCACCGCUCUGUGCCUCAUUUUCCCAUCUGUAAAAUGAGAGUAAUUAUACUAGCCUGCUUUGUAAAGUGCUUUGAGAUCUACUGAGGAAAAACAAUAGAUAAGAGCUAGCUAUUAUUAUUAUCUUUAAAAAACGGGCAUUUGAUGAUGGCCUAUCCCUGCCAGCCCUCCAUUCCUAACCAAGGGGAUAUAAUCUUAGUGACCACUCCGACCAUGUGAUCCCACAGUUAAUCUGCUCUGUGCCUUAUUCCACACUGUAAAUGCGGGAUGGUCGUUUAAUACGAGUUAGCCCCCCCGACGCCUUCAAAAUCUGCUUUCUGGGCGAACGCCUCCUAGACAAUGCUUUAAAAGCAGCAGGUACAGCAUGGGCUGUACAAAUACAAUGCUCUACACAGCAGCAGUACAACUGAUCCACUAGCGUGCCUCAACCUUAUUCUGGAGGGACCAUAUCUAAGAGUGAGAGUGUCCCCUUCUACCUCCCCAAGCCAUGUGGGUGCUGCGCAUAAAGACACUUCAUGUCCCAAAGCAGGGAGGUGAUAGACCAGCACCAAUGAGAUCACACCUAGAAUGCUCAUCUGAGUCCAACACACCUUCACACCAGAAAGAGAGAGACAGGAAUUCAGGGAAAACCAGCAAGAAUGACUACAGGUGUGGGAGGGAUGGGUUGGUUGAAGAAAGAUUAAAAGAAGUCCUGGAUUGGCUGCAGAAUGACGCUGGGACAUGACUCCGAUGCACAAGGAUGUAAUCGCAUUUUAGUAAGAAUUGUUAGGGGUGGUAAGUAGGGCUAUAACUAGGAGGAAUGGGAUGAAAUUAAGAAGAAUGAAAGUUGAAUAUCGGGGAAACUUCUUAAUGGCGAGACGUAUUCUUUUGUGGAAUAGUCUCCCAAGGGAAAUGGUGGAAGACCUCUGUGACGGGUUGGCUCACAGAAACCCCCUGGGGCUGCCAACUGAUGUGCCAAGACUACUUCUGCCCCUGCUUUCCCUGCCAGCUUGGGACUCCAGCACCCUGUCUUGUUGAGCCAGACCUGCUAGCCUGCUCCAACACAGACCCAGGGUCUGAACCACAUGCCCCAAAGCUGCAGAUUUAACUGAAAGCAGCUUAAGUAGUGUUCCUGUCUUUAACACUCAGAUGCCCAACUCCCAAUGGGGUCCAAACCCCAAAUAAAUCCGUUUUACCCUGUACAAAGCUUUUACAGGGUAAACUCAUAAAUUAUUCACCCUUUAUAACACUGAUAGAUAUGCACAGCUGUUUGCCACCCCCACCGCCCCUGGUAUUAAUGCAUACUCUGGGUUAAAUAAUGAGUAAAAAGUGAUUUUAUUAAAUACAGGAAGUAGGAUUUAAAUGGUUCCAAGUAGUAACAGACAGAACAAAGUGAAUUACCAAAAAAAAUAAAUAAAUAAAACCUGCAAGUCUGUGCCUAAUACAGUAAAAAAACUGAAUACAGAUAAAAUCUCACCCUCAGAGAUGUUUCAAUACGUUUCUUUAACAGACUGGACACCUUCCUAGUCUGGGCACAAUCCUUUCCCUGGUUACAGCCCUUGUUCCAGCUCAGGUGGCAGCUAGGAGAUUUCUCAUGAUGGCUGCCCCCUUAUUCUAUUUCACCCACUUGUAUAUCUUUUGCAUAAGGUGGGAAUCCUUUGUUCCUCUCUGGGUUCCCACCUUCUCCUUCUCAAUGGAAAAACACCAGGUUAAAGAUGGAUUCCAGUUCAGGUGACAUGAUUACAUGUCACUGUAAGACCUCAAGCCUUCAUUCCUCCCAGCCUGACUCACAGGAAGGCCUGCCUGCAAACAGAGCCAUCCACAGUCAGUUGUCCUGGUUGAUGAGAUCCAUCAAGAUUCCAAACCACCAUUAAUGGCCCACACUUUGCAUAAUUACAAUAGGCCCUCAGAGUUAUAUUUCAUAUUUCUAGUUUCAGGUACAAGAAUGAUAUAUUCAUACAAAUAGGAUGAACACACUCAGUAGAUUGUAAGCUUUAUAAUGAUACCUUACAAGAGACCUUUUGCCUGAAGCAUAUUCCAGUUACAUUAUAUUCACUCUCAUUAGCAUAUUUUCAUAAAAUCAUAUAGGGUGCAACGUCACAACCCCAUCAGCUGAAUUAUUUAAAAAUGGUUUGGAUAAAAGACUACAAAAUAUACUGUGCAGAACAAUCUCGCAUUAGCCAGGAGAUGAAGUAGAUGAACGAAUGCUGUAGAACUUACCCCACUCUAGCUUCUGUGAGUGGUUCAUUCAGUUCUUGGCUUCUUCGGUGAGACUGCCAACUAGCCCAGCCCCCGUUGUCAUGUCACCUCUCCACUAAAACUGGUCUGGGACCACCAAGCUCAUUUUCACAUAGUCCACCAAAUAACCAUCCAGAUAGUAGCAGCUUUUAAUAGGGGACGGAUUUGAACGGGUGACACAGAGAUGAAAUAUCCCAAAUCCCAUUGUCAGUCCCCUGAACUAAGUGAUGUUACAUGUAAAGGGAAACAAAUGACCUUUAUGAUCAUGCAGAGCAUUUAUAUAUACAUCAUGAACAUCAUCUUCUGCAGAUACUUUGAAUGUUGGUCUGUUGCAUUUGGGAAAGCAAAAUAUUCCUGUGGGCAUUAUGAGGCCAGUCCUGAACCCUUUACUUAGACUAAAUUCCGAAUGAUUUCCACUGAAGCAGCUGUGGGCUGUCAAUCUGCUUCUCAGUACUAUAAAGUAUCCCAGCCAGUGGGAUGAAAUAGCUGCUAGUGGGAGACUCCAGCACCAUUCAGUGGUUGGGACAUCCUGAAAUAGCAAUAGCGGGUUUUAUGAAAAUUCACUUUGAAUAGAUAGUUUCUUAUCCGGGAACUAUUAAUUUAGUUAAUUAAGGCAUCACUGCAGGUUUCCUUUUCUGUUAUAAUCACGUCCCUACUUUCCUAGGAACUUUAGUAGCAUUAAAAUCCCAAACUCCUAAAAGACUCCAGUUAGUGCAGAUCCUUUUUAAUUAUUAAUGUACCCCAGUGUAGUUUAUAAAGGGUUUUAAAUGAUUAAUAGAUGUGAUAAGUUGUAACAGAUGGAAAUAGUAUGUGUUAUAGAAGAUGGUUAUAAGCGCAUCAGUAGAAGCUGUUCUAGAUGGUUGUAAGCCCUGGUUAGAAACAACCUAUUGACCUAUUGGAUUCUGACAAUCUGUAACCUUUCAUUAGCUAUAUAUUAAAACAUCUGUUAAUUAUGUAUUAACCAUUUAUAAAUGUAUCCUUAAUAUAAAGGAUGGUGGAGAAUCCCUUCUGAAAAAGGUGGAAAGGAAAAGAGAACUUUCAAGAGCCCAUUUCUCAAGCCACCUUAUGAAAUGUGCCCUGGAGAUAUACAAUAGCUGGAAUGAAUUACUGUCACAUCUAUGCACUGCAGUAGCUUCAUCUCCUACCUGUCUCAGUCUCAUAUACAUUGCUAUGAGUUAAUUUUCUCUGAUAUUAGUUUAACAUCUACCUCCUAUAGCUUGCAUUAUAAAAAAAAAAAAAGAGACCUAGUGUACUGUAUUUAUGUAGAGAGAAAAUAAUUGGGUCAAAUUCACCACUGAUGUAACCCACUUCCAGUAGGGAUGAAUUUGGCCCAUCAAAUGCUAAAAUGGAGUUAAAGCUGUAAAUGUAUAGAAAUAUAUUCAUGGAAAAAACCUUAAUAAAGUGCUGUAAUUAAAAAAGCAGUCCAAAGGCCAGGAAAUUCACAGUUAAAAUUACAGGUACAUCUCCCAACAUGGGGGCUUGGUGAAAUGUACCCACUCCCCUUCUGAAAAUAGUCAAAGGCUCCAGUCCUCUGAAGGCCAACAGCUUCAGGAGAUCUGGGUUCUGUUCCAAGCUCUACCAGAAGCCUGCUGGAUGGCAUUGGGCAAGUCACUUCCCAGGUAUAUGCUGCAGCUUCCCCAUCUGUAAAAUGGACAUAAUGAUCCUUACCUCCUUUGUAAAAUACUUUAGAGAUCUACUGAUGAAAAGUGCUAGAUAUAGAUAGAUAUAUAUAUAUAAGAGCUAGGAAUUAUUAUAUGGUGCUUUUUGAACUAUUAUGAGCUAGUAAAAAAAAAUUAGCAAAUUCUUCAAGGAGUGCAAACACCUUGGAUCAAAUCUUGACCUUGUUUAAGUCUAUGGGUAUUUUGCUAUUGAUUCAAUGGGGACAAGUGUUCACUUCUUAUGUUUUUAACUCUUAUUUCUGAAACACUCCGUCUUUUUUGUGGCUGACUUUGCAUAAAAUCUCUAAUGUGGCAUGAGACAAUAUUUGUGCCAUUUCAUGUGGAUUGCUUUAGUUUUGGCAAAGCUAGAGGUGAUUAGGAUUGGAAAUGGCUAUAUAAGCAAAACGCUAGAUUCAACCUUCACAGCAGAGAAGCUAUCCAUAACGUAGUGAGAGGGAAAAAUAAGAUAUUAAUCUCUGUACUUCUGCUUAAUAUGUGCAGUAAGGGCUCUAGGACACUUGCUUAAGUCUUUAUCGGCUAAUAUAGCCUUCUCUCAUGGGCCCAAUUCUGACUGUGUUACUCAGCCAAAGCUCCCAUCUGCUUCAAUGGGAGUUUUGCCAGAGUGUGGGCUGCAGGAGUGGGCCCCUGGUUCCAUUUGUGUAUCAAAGAAGAUGACUUAAUUCCUUACUAGAAUGAAUGUGUCUUUGGCAGAGAGUUCGUUAUGCAAAGGUGGGCAUUCCUCAUUCUCCCAGUUGCCCAUAGCAAAGGUGUAUGUCACACCCCCUGUCUGUGGUACUCAUUCAGGAGAUUAAUCAAUUAGGCUGAUCCUAAACUUUUGUCUUUCCCCUGUGUAUCUGCAUAACUUUUCCCCCAUCCUUGGCUUCAGCGGUGAAGGCAGCGUCAGUAAUCAAGAGGCAAUGAUGUCUAGCAGUUAGAGCAGGGAAUUGUGAGUUGGGAGAAUUGGAUUCUGUUCCUAGUUCUUCCACUGACUUGCUGUUUGACACUGGGUGAAUCAUUUAACCAUUCCAAACCUCUUUUUCCCAUUUGUGAAAUGGGGAUACUAAUACUCGGCUUUGGAAAGAGCUUUGAGAACCACUGUUGAAAGGUGCUAUAAAAAAGGGAAGCAUUAUUAUAUUACCCUCCCCACGGAUGGAAGAAAAUGCUGAUUUAAGACUUCAGAACCACUCCAUAAGCAGCCACAAGGGUAGUGCAGAAAUGCAGUGCAUGGCAGGAAGCUAUUGACACGGGCCCUUCUCAGCCCUGUGAUAAGCAGUUGCAACUUCUGUUGUACCUGGUAUACCUGCUUACCUCCAUGCCUGAACUCGGCCUAUUCUUGCCAGUCUUUGGCAGGUUGGAGAGGAUGAGUUCCAAGGUCAACCAUGAAACCAGUGCCCUGCCUAACCCUAAUACUACCCACUAGGCCCCAGAAGUAAUUGGUAUGUCCAUGACAUGAAACAGUAGGAUUUUUACAGAGAACCUGCUGUAAAUGUUCUUCCACAUUUGCCUGCAAUAACUUGUGAAAGUAGCUUUAAUAAAAGGCAGCAGUUGAGCUGAUUCAUUUUAUCCCAGCUAUACAAUUUGCUGCAUUUUAAGAUGAAUAUCCCCUGCCUAUUUUUUCAGUCCAUUUGGAAGAAAGAUAAACUCUCAUGGUUCAGGGCACAAACCAAACUCUAUCAGGGAUAGGAAGAAAGUUCUGUCAGCAGUUUAUUCAAUAACUUCCCUCUUCGAGAUUCCUCUGGGGCAUCUGAUAGUAUUUGGAGACAGGGUACUGAAUUCGAUGGACCACUGGCCUGAUCCAGGAUUGAAAUCCCUGUGUUCCUAACAUGCAUGCGGUGUAAACUGGAAUGAUCAGGAAAUUCACACUGAACCAAGCCUGGAUCUAUCCUCUGCUUUUCCAUAAGCAACAGGAUAUAUCCAAUAAGCGGCUGUUUAAACAACAUUGUGCAAUUCUGAGUGUCUGUUUUUUUCUUGAGCAAUUUUCGCCUCACACAGUGAUCAUCUUUUUACUUAGUAAUUUUUUAGGUAUACAAUUACUGUAUUAAAGUGUGUGAGGAAACUGUAACAAUAAUAUAAUGCUAUUAAAGAAUGUUAACUACCAUUAAACAGUGUACAAACAUCAUA